AUGUUGGCAAUUUUCAUUAUUCAAAUUACUUUAUAUUUCCGGUUUUUCUGUUGCGCUGUACAGUCAUAUCGCGGAUAUAGUUUGAUACGAUUUAAAACUGCGAAACUGGAUUGGAUAGAAGAAAUAGAAGCUGCUGAUUUUAAUUUAAACCAUUUCCCAGAACCAAAACGAACAAUAGUUGAUAUUUGGUCAGAACCAAAUAUCUACCGCAAUCAUGUCGAUGUUUUGGUUGCACCUGAAUUUCUCGAUACUUUCUUAGUUCUUCUCAAAAUGCGCGGCAUUAAUGAUGCGCAAAUAAUUAUGAAGGAUAUACAAAAAGAUAUAGAUCGAGAGAAGAGAGAUUUAGCACAAAUAAAAUUGAAUUAUCGGUUACGCCGUUCGUUAAAUGAUAAUUCGUCAACUGCUUUCAACCUCUCUGCUUACCAUCGUUAUGAUAGGAUUGUAGAUUACCUCAAAAUGCUUUCAAAUCAGUAUCCAAAUUUAGCUGAAGUGUUUAACAUUGCACGAACAUAUGAAGGUCGUAAAAUGGUUGCCAUAAAAAUUGGUAAUAAUUUGUCCUUCAAGCCUGCCAUUUUCAUUGAUGCUGGAAUUCAUGCUCGUGAAUGGAUUGCACCUGCUGUAGCGUUGUAUAUUGCUAGCAAGCUUAUAACUAAAUAUGGAAGAGAUUCUGAUGUAACUCGUAUGGUGGACAACUUUGAUUGGUAUAUUGUGCCAGUUGCUAAUCCAGAUGGAUAUGAAUAUAGCAUGACCUAUGAUAGAUUAUGGCGAAAAACACGAUCAAAAAAUAUAACAGUAAAUAAAUGGUGCAUUGGUGCUGAUGCAAAUAGAAAUUGGGGCUACCGAUGGGGAGAAACAGGCGCAAAUCAUAGCCCAUGUUCAUGCACAUACCCAGGUUCUGCUCCAUUUAGUGAAGUAGAAACAGCAGGUAUUCGAGAUUUUCUUAUAUACCAAGUUCCUGAACUCAAGAUAUACAUUAGUUUACAUAGCUAUGGACAACUUAUACUUGCACCAUGGGGUUAUACCAAUGAUAAACCAAAUAAUCAUCAUGAUCAAGAAUAUGCAGCAAGCUUAGCAGUCGAAGCAAUUCGAAAUAAAACUGGUGCAAAGUAUAAUUAUGGCACAAUCUCGGAAUUGAUGUAUCUAGCAUCAGGAACAAGCAUUGAUUAUAUGCAAGAUAAAGGUGUACCUUACAUUUAUGCGAUUGAGCUAAGACCUGAAGAUGUUGAUCACCAUUAUGGUUUUACUAUUCCAGCACAAUUUAUUGCGCCAACUGGUUUGUUGAUUGCGCCAAAUUCUUUUAACUUUGAUAUUUUGAUCAUUAUAUAUAAAUAA